CAGAGUCUCACGCAGAACCGCACGAGGAGUGCUCGGAUUACACAUCCCCGGUGAAUUACCGCACAACUCGACGACCAAAGCAAAAUAACUGCAACAGAAAACCCUCCGCGCAUCAAGCAGCAAACAUCACCUGCAGCAGCUAGUGCACGAGCGCGCGCGCACGAGGUUUAUAUGCAAAUCUACCUGAGGAGAUACAAAAAGGGAUGCUUUAACACCUUGAAACACCAAAACGGAACGAUGGAAUGAAUCUUAUGGCUUGUGACACCUGUUUACUGUUACUUCAUUCGGGAUUGUUCACUUAUAAAGGCAUUUAGCCUAAUUGUUUCCCAACAACAUCUUUGUUGCUAACUUCUCAAUUAGUUUUAGGUGGUUGAAUGCAUUGUGAUAGAAGGUUUAAAAUUGCCGUGGAGCACCAUGGAUUUAAUGCAUACACCGUUUAGCGAUUAAUCUCAACGGAAGCUCCGGUAAUUGAUCCCGAUUCUCCCCCGCUGGAUGUUACGCGGUCACGGCAUGCUGAAGAGCCGCUGUUGCGUCCUCUUCAGCGACCUCAAGGUGUUUCUGCUCGGGCCACAGGCUCCCACAAGCCCCAUGAGCGGACAAGCGGGCAGAAUCAGCCCGUAUGCAUCUGAUAACAACAAUACCUUGCGCGCACACCGGCUCCGGGACUGGAGCGGCGCGUCCACGGAGGACUCUGCGGGAGCGGACGCAGCCGCGGGCGGAUCCGGGUGGACGGGCGCCGCGGCGGAGGAGUUCUCCAGAGACCGCAAAGAUGACCGGUUCUCCUUCAUCAGCUAUGCAGAAGGAACCCCGGUGUGCAGGAUAUGCUUCCAAGGGCCGGAAAAGGGUGAACUGUUGAGUCCGUGUCGCUGCAGCGGGUCGGUCCGCAGCACUCACCAGCCAUGUCUCAUUAAGUGGAUCAGUGAAAGAGGCUCGUGGACCUGUGAACUCUGCUACUACAAGUAUCAGGUGAUCGCCAUCAGCACCAAGAACCCACUGCAGUGGCAGGCGAUUUCGCUCACAGUCAUAGAGAAGGUCCAGAUAGCGGCGGCGAUCCUGGGUUCCCUGUUCCUCAUCGCCAGCAUCUCGUGGCUGGUUUGGUCGUCUCUCAGUCCUUCAGCCAAGUGGCAGCGGCAGGACCUGCUCUUCCAGAUCUGCUACGGCAUGUACGGAUUUAUGGACGUCGUCUGCAUCGGACUAAUCGUCCACGAGGGCCCGUCUGUUUUCCGCAUUUUCCAUCGCUGGCAGGCGGUCAACCAGCAGUGGAAGGUGUUAAACUACGACAAAAAGCGAGACAGCGAGCAGCAGAAGAGCAGUGAGGAGCAAACACAGACGUUGAUCCAGCAGAGAGAGAACACUGGAGCAAAUAUCUCUCCAUCAGUGUCCUCUAUACUAGCCGCUGCCGCUUCUCCAGUGCUGGAAAACGCAGCAGACUCACAGGACUCUACUGGAGCCCAUAUGGAUGCAGACGGGACCACUUUACCAGACCAACACUGUCCAUAUAACCUCCUGCAGCUGCUGAGCCACUUACGGCCACACGAGACUCGAACCCUGAGCGGCAACGUCAGCACCAACACCAACUCCAGUAGCAGCAAACCCAGAGAGGUGGUGAUGAGAGUUACGACCGUCUGAGAGUGAUUAAUAGACUUAUGAGCACACAUUGGAACGGCAUUAUUUAUGACAUAAAUGAUAAUGACGAUGUUUUUGUAAUUGCAGAUGAUGAGAAUUUAAAGGGGCAGUUCACUCAAAAUUCUGUCAUUAUUUACUCGCUCUUAUGGUUUUUGGAACUGUUAUGAUGUCAUUUUAUUUACUAUGGAACACACAUGGUAAUAAAUAGAAUUGAUUAAUGUCAGGGCGACACGGUGGCUCAGUGGUUAGCAUUGUCACCUCACAGCAAGAAGUUUGCCGGUUCGAGUCUGAGCCCAUAGAGAUGCAAAUUUUUUUGGGGGGGGGGGAAUUAAUCCAGCCGGGGUUUCUAAAUCUCCUAAAAUGUCCAGGAUUUAACAAUUGAUUUAAAUAAAUAAAUAACUAAAUGUCCAGGAUUUGGCUUUUGUUUCUUCGCUUUCCAAAGUUGUCGUUAAUUGUAUGCGUUUUUGCAUUAUCUUAUUAUUUACUGUAUGCCUACUUUCGAUUGGCUUCGCAACUGACUGCGCACGCACAGCCGCAAGAGAAACAUUAAAUAAUUCUAAACAACAUGGAGCGAAUGACACGAAAUGAUACCUUAACUGGCUGCAAAAUAUUUGUACACCGAUGGAAAAAUCAACAAAUUCACCUUGUUUUAUAUUUGCAAUUAAUAUAAUUUGUAGAGAUAGUGUCUGUUUUCAUUUUUUACUGUCAUUUAUUUCUCAUUUGCUGUAUAAUUUAUUAAUUUGAUGAUGUCAAUAUAUUACUUAUUUUAUACACAGCUAAAAUGCUUCGGCAUUUGAGUUUGCUUUGACUUUGAAAGAGAGAGAAAAGCAGAUUUGACCUGUCAGUAGGUGCACAUGGCUCCUGAAUAGCAUACAAGUAAGAGAAAUAGUAAGAGAAAUUUUUCUUUUUUUUCUUUAACCCAUUGAA